AUGGAUGGCAUUAUGGCCGCGUUGCUAGCCGAGAUGAUGGAUGUGUCGGGCGGCAUCCCUGCGGGCCCCUCGUCGACACGGUCAGGCAACCGUUCACCGAGAGUAAGUCCAGCAGCUGAAAGAGCUGCUGUACGGGAGCGCCUGAUCGCCCACAUCAACGACAAGCGCAAGGCUUUGCACAGCUUCUACAAUGAGCCGGACAUGGAGAGGUAUCAUGUAACCUCCUCCUGCAAUGUUAAGUCGAAAGCGGAUUUUCCUGAGCCGCAACCUUUGGAGCGUUGCACCCCCAUCCUGAUUUCGGAGCUGCAGCUGGGGAUGACCCAUCGCGGUCGGGUGCUGCGGGGCCGCCUUCUUGUGAAGCCUGUGCUGAUGACGGCGCUGAGUACUGUUCUCGAGGAUGAAAACGGCGAUACGGUGAUGGUGUCUGUGUACAAUCUUCUCCCGUCCAACCUAGCCGGUGUUCCAGGCCUACGUGCGGGGGAAAGGGCGCUACCGGAGGGGCGCCAUGUGGCCAUUAUUGAGCCCUUCUACAAGCGGAUGGCGGAUGGGACGCAGGGCGUCCGAGUGGAUAACCCGCGGGAGGCCGCCGGCCGACGGCACUUCCAGGCUGCGGAGUACGACGCCGCUUCAAAAUGCUACAGCUGCGCGUUGCUGCGCAUGCCAGACGUUGGCAGAGCCGGCACCGAGCUUCUGGUGACCUGCCUGAAGAACCUAUCUGCCGCGCUGCUGCGGCUCGACGACGCGCCGGCGGCGCUGCAAUGCGCCGCAGCCGCCGCUGCUGUACGUUCCGAUGACAGCAAGGCGCACUUCCGCAUCGCGCUGGCGGCUGCACGUAUGGGCCCCGCCCUGGCGCUGGCGGCACGUGCGGAGCUGUACCGCGCCAAGGAGCUCAUGAUAUCGGCCGGCAGCGCCCCGAGUAGGGAGGAGUGGCGGCGCAUGGUUUCGGAGAUGGGGCCCGUACCGAUGGUCGGUACGGCACCCUCCGCCACGCAAGCUGGUCAGGGACAGGAGGACCUGUUGCGUGCGCUGGCGUGUACAACACCGGAGGCGCUGCUACUGCUGCUGGGGGAGGUACCGCCGCCGCCAACGGAGGCCUCCGCCGCCGCCGCCGCCGAUGGUGGUGGUGGUGGUGGUGGAGCUGCUGCGGCCAUCGCCGCCAGCGCCGCCAUGAAGGAGUCCGGCAAUGUGGCGUUCAAGGCGGGGAACUACGAUAGUGCGCGACGGCAAUACUUGACGGCGCUGAAGACCCUGACGGAGGUGCUGCCUGGUGCCGUACUGCUGGCUAACCUGGCGGCAUGCUACCUGCGGAUGUCUGACCCCAAGCGGGCGGCAGCAGCGGCGACGGCGGCGCUGCUGUUGGGACCCCGCCAGGCCAAAGCGCACCAUCGGCGGGCCGAGGCGCUGCUACACCUGGGCUGGCUGGUGGAGGCCGAGGCGGCGUGCGACGCCGGCCUGGCGGCGCUGCCAUCAGACGCGGACGGCAAUCGCGAGGCUAUUGCAGCGCUGCGCAAGCGCAUCUGUACGGCCAGGGCAGUUGAGGUUCCGCCAGCGGCGGCGCAUCAUCGCCGCGGUGGCGGCAGUUGCGACACAGCGGCGGUGACGGAGCGGGAGCUUGAUGCGAUGCGGGGUCAAGAUUCAUGUGUGGAGAUGAAGGCUAUGUUUAACCGGAUGUUGGGGAUGGCCGAGUGCGACCCACGGGUCGCGGCGAAUAUGCAGGCGUUACGGCAGAAGGACCCGCUGAUGUGGCGCAGCUUUCAGCCGGAUCACCGAGUGCCUCCAUUCCACCAGGAGUUCAAUAACGCGGCUCGGUGGCCGCCCGGGUGCGAUGUCGCGGAGUGCCAGCGGCGGCUGUGGGACUCCUACGAGCUGUGCGUCGGUAUGUCUCAGCACCUGAUGGCCAUGGCCGUGUGGGCAGAUACGAACAUCACGAGCACGCGGGUGGGAAUCCUGGAGCCAAAUAUGGCGCAGGCCCGCAUGGGGUGGUUCGCAAGUGCUCCCGACGGCGCCGUCAGCUUCCGCUGCGACGCCUUCCUGGGGAUGGGAGGCGCCGGCGGCUACAACCCCACCAUAUUCCACAGCUUUUCCAAUACGCCCCCACCCGCGGUAUCCAUGCCGCCCGCGUCACCCGGUUCUCCCAUACCGAACCACGUGGCAGUUGGGUUCGUUGACCUCGGCACGCUGACCGCGGCGGUCAAUCGUCCCGAAUGGGACGAGCAAGUCGAGGCGGCUAUGCGGGAGCUGCUCCAGGAUGCUGGUGCCGUCGGUGCUGCCAGCACUGCCAGCACUGCCAGCACCAGCGACACCGCCGGCUGUGGCGUCGCCGCAACGUCACCGCCGGCGCCGCAACGCCACUCGGUUGCUUCGUCGGGAGCCGCGAGCCGGGGGAGCCACGAGUCCGUCACGCCGCCGCUGCUUCUUCGGUGGAUCGGCCUGGAGGCCUCCCCUCACUCCGUAGCCAAGACGCUGGUGGUGGAGAGGAUGAUGCGGAGGGGCGGCCCUGCAGCGACUGAUUGGGUGCUUCAGGUGUGGUACUCCUCCGUGUGGUCCAUGGGGGCUCUAAAAGCGUUUCGGGAGGCCCUUACAGAGAUUCUGACGGAGGAAUGUGUCCGUACAGAGCUGCCACCCGAAGUACUGUCGUACCUGCAUCACUGGCAGCUGCGCGACGUGAGCCUGGCGGAAAGUCGCCGACGGUGGCUUGAGGACUGGCGACAGACGUUCUGUGCGGUGGGGCAGUUCCGGGAAAAGGCGGAUCGACUCGCCCUCGUGGAAUACAUGCUGACGGGGCAGCUGCCGGGGCUGGUCUCUGGAGGGAACGAGGAUGAGGCCGGGGGCGAGCUGGUGGGCAGUGUGGUCAUGUUCGCCAAACCCAGAGAGUUCGGUGCGGAGCGGGCGCUGAACGAGAGUUUUCUGGAGUCGCUGGCUCCCGGAGAGCUGCUGGCGGCCCGCAUGCAGCCCCAGUCCCAGUCCUGGUCUCCGGUCUCUUCCUCAGCACUGCAGGGAGGGGGGCCGUCACUCACCGCCGCUGCAGCAGCACCUGCCGGACCAGGAGACCGCGCCGGGGGGAACAACGAGAAGGACGACAACAAGAAGGACAAAAAGAAGAAGAAGAACAGGCAGCAGGGGCUCCAGGGAAAGGGCAGCGGCGCUGCAGGCUCCAGCUCGAGCGGUAACGCUGUUGGUGGUGUCGGUGGUAAUGAUGGCGACAUCGUGUCUGCUGGGGUGGCUUUGCUUCGGCGGAGGGUUCGCCGGCUGGCGUGUCUGCUGGCUACGGGUCGUGUGAAAGUCCAGGUGCUGCUCGAGCUGGUGGAUCCCGGUGACGCGACCGCCGCCUUCAUCUCCGGCCUCCAUCCCGACUCCAUCUCCUGGUCCAAUGUACCCGACUUCUACGCCCCAUCCGAAUUCCACGCUAUGGCCAGGGCCUGCUCAAAACCGCGCAGUAGCGGCGCAGCUGCCCCCACCAUCAGGCCCACGCUACACUACGUGACCUCCAUGAACUGGACCAUGGACGUCAAGGGCGCCUGCCACCUGGAUAUGCUGUGGCCGUAUGUCCGAGACAUGGGCCACGGUGAUGAAGGCGAUGGGGCUGACGAGCUCAUCAAGCGCAUGGCUGGGGGCGGCGGUGGCAGCAGCCGCGGCCGUGGCCCUUACCGGGGACCCUUCGGCAGUAGCGGCGGCUCGGAGGGGAAGGAGCUGGCUCGACUCAUCCUAAAACUGGUGGACGAUGGCGCAACUGCCGUACGUCGUCAGCUGGCCCUGGAGGCCGGCGGUGAGCGUCUGCUGUUCGAUCCGCCCGUGGACAACCCGCGGAAUGUGGCCGACUUCGGUCUCGUCCUCAAGUACUACAAGAACUGGGUGGACGCGUUCCUGCGAGCCGGAGAUGUACGACAGGCGCCACGUGACCCGGUGUACGGCGGUCGUGACGGCAGUCCGGGGGUCCCGUCUGCCUGGGUCGCCUCUGCGCCCGUGUACGGCCCCCUCACUCGGACCAACACGACCGUGAACGUGGUGUACUCAUACUAG